CCCUGUCAAGGGUGAAAAUUUUAUCUGACACUUUACACUUCAGCCGACCGUUUAAACGUCGCCGUCUUGGCCCCGUUUAUGUGGCAAGGUAUUCUCACCACCUUCAACCCUCCAACCCUCCAGCCAUUUUCUUACUUUCAUUGCAUUUCAUCAUCUUAAUUACUUCUUCUUCUUCUUUCUCAUACUCUCUCACAUUGCUAUCCCCAUUUUCGGGUUGUUUCAAAACCCUAUUUCGAGCACAGCCCAUUGGUAUACUUGUCGGUGAACCUGCAGAGGAGCGUAUGCCUUUAUAAGCCGAUGGUGGGUGCUUCAUUGUCUGGAUUGCAAGAUCAUCUGAAGUUAGCGAGGGAAUACGCCGUGGAAGGACUUUAUGACACUUCCAUUAUCUUCUUCGACGGCGCUAUAGCUCAGAUCAACAAGCAUUUGAAUACAGUUGAUGAUCCUGUGCUUCGUACUAAAUGGAUGAACGUAAAGAAAGCUAUUUCCGAGGAAACAGAGGUGGUUAAACAGUUAGAUGCUGAGAAAAGGUCAUUCAAGGAGGUUCCUGUCGGUAGACGGCCCAAUUCUCCUCCUAUUUCGACAAAAUCGUCUUUUGUUUUUCAACCGUUGGAUGAAUAUCCCACUUCUUCUGGGGCCCCAAUGGACGACCCUGAUGUUUGGAGGCCACCUACUCGGGAUCCUAAUGGUAGGAGGCCAACGAGAGCUGGUCAAGUGGGCAUGAGAAAGUCUCCACAGGAUGGAACUUGGGCUCGUGGUGGAUCCACUAGAACGACUGCACGUGGAGGGAGGGCAGGCACCACUAGUAAAGUCAACACUGGAGUUCGAUCGUCGACUGCUGGGAAGAAAGGAACUGGGAAAACUGCAGGAAAAGCUGAUUCUGUUAGGAGAAAUGAGAGACCUGGAGAGACCUGCAGAGAAUCACGAUUAUCAUGGUUUGAGCAUGUGUGUAGGAGAGACCUGGAGACACCGGUGAGAAGGAAUGGUGAUUCUGAGGAUGGAAAACCCAAAAAAGUUCAAUACGAAGGUCCUGAUGCUGACUUGGCAGCUAUGCUUGAAAGGGAUGUCUUGGACUCCAGCCCUGGUGUUAGAUGGGAUGAUGUGGCUGGGUUAAGUGAAGCCAAACGACUUCUAGAAGAAGCUGUGGUUCUUCCAUUGUGGAUGCCUGAAUAUUUUCAGGGAAUUCGGAGGCCAUGGAAAGGCGUCCUCAUGUUUGGGCCUCCUGGAACUGGGAAGACUCUUCUUGCUAAAGCAGUUGCCACGGAGUGUGGGACCACCUUUUUUAAUGUUUCUUCGGCAACUUUGGCCUCAAAAUGGCGUGGAGAAAGUGAGAGAAUGGUCCGGUGCUUGUUUGAUCUUGCUAGGGCUCAUGCUCCCAGUACGAUAUUUAUAGAUGAGAUUGAUUCUCUUUGCAAUGCUCGAGGUGCUUCUGGAGAACAUGAAUCAUCCAGAAGGGUGAAGUCUGAGCUUCUGGUCCAGGUUGAUGGUGUCAAUGCAUCUUCCACCAAUGAAGAUGGUACACGCAAGAUUGUGAUGGUUUUAGCGGCUACUAAUUUUCCUUGGGAUAUAGAUGAGGCGUUGAGGAGGCGGCUGGAGAAAAGAAUAUACAUACCUUUGCCUAAUUUCGAGAGUCGUAAGGAGCUUAUUAGGAUAAAUUUGAAAACUGUGGAGGUGGCAACUGAUGUGGACAUAGACGAGGUGGCAAGGAAGACUGAAGGGUACAGUGGGGAUGACCUGACGAACGUGUGCCGGGAUGCAUCACUCAACGGGAUGAGGCGCAAAAUAGCUGGGAAAACACGAGACGAGAUCAAGAACAUGUCCAAGGAUGAGAUUUCCAAGGACCCAGUUGCAAUGUGCGACUUUCUAGAAGCCAUUGCCAAGGUACAGCCAAGUGUCUCGGCUGCUGACAUUGAGAAGCACGAGAAGUGGUUUUCCGAAUUCGGGUCUGCUUAGUUUUUUAUUUUUUUUUAUUUUUGAUUAUUAUCAUCAUUAAUUUAUUAUGUGUUUUUGGUGCUCUGUUCUUUGUGUUUGCUAUUUGUACUGGAACUGUGGUAGCCGGUUCUCUAUGGAGGAAGUUAAUUGUAUAAAUGCUACUGAGUUAAUUUUGAUGUUUUAUUUUGUAGAAGUAAGUACUGAGGGUGAAACUCGUUGAAUUUAUGGGAUUUUGAUUUUUCUGUAUGG